AUGAUCUUCCCAAAUCCCACCACUAAAUAUCAUGGUAAUCCCACUCCGGUAGUUGAUCCAACGCAAGAGCAUCUUUCCGCAGUGGGUAAAAUUGUUUUAGUUACUGGCGGAGGCACAGCCAUCGGUGCCGCUACAGUUGAGGCAUUUGCCAAAGCAAAAGCCGAUCACAUCUUCCUAGUUGGAAGAAGAUUCAAUCUUCUUACAGAAGUGGAAGAAAAGUUGUCGAAAUCUUACCCCCGGACAAAAUUCCAUGCCAUUCAAACUGACAUUACUAAGGAGGAUGAAGUUAAAAGCCUCUUUCAAGAGAUCAAUAAAGUUGGAUUUCUUGACAUUCUAGUGGCUAAUGCUGGAUAUCUGCCAGAGCCGGGGAAAAUUGCUGCUACAGAGACAAGCGAGUGGUGGAAGGGUCAUGAGAUCAACGUCCUGGGAACUUAUCUUCUCGGAAAAUACUUCAUCAACCAGUCCCAGGCCCCAAGAGGGAAGCCCGUGUUUGUUGGCGUGAACACUGGCGCCACCCAUUUGGGUCCGCUUGCAGGUCCUAUGAGCGGGUAUUUGACCUCCAAGAUUGCGACAGCUUCAGUGGUGGAAUUUCUUCAGGCUGAAAAUCCCAAUAUCAAAGCCUUUAAUGUUAGCCCUGGCAUGGUACCUAGCGAAAUGAGCGCCAAAGCCCGCGCAACACAGUUUAUACCAACGGAUUCACCAGAGCUGAUGGGGGACUUUGCCGUCUGGCUGGCUGGUCCUGAUUCAGAUUUCCUCAACGGACGUUUCCUCUGGGCUAAUUGGGAUGUCCAAGAAUUGAUUACUCUCAAAGAUAAAAUCGCAGCCAAUCCAGAGCAAUUGCGUAUACUUUUUGGAGGGUGGCAGGAGAAUUAUGCAAAAUUAAAGUAA